UGUUAUGACCCCUUGGAUCGCCGCCCUCUUGUCUCGGCUACUUCGUUCUAGGCCUCCUCAAGCCGCCUCUUCUCUACCUAUUGAGCGGUGCCGUCAGCAAGGCGACAAAGAAGUCAAAUCCGGCACAGAUCGACGUCCCCUAGACAUAGAAAGCCACCCACGGUGGGAUGUUUGCGACAGACGCCAAUACCGAGAAUGCCCCCUUCCAGUCGAUGCCGGCCCUUUAGUUGUUGCCUCCCUCCUGGUUUAACGGAGUGAACAGCUUUGGGUGACUUGCCUCUCCCCGCCGAACGGAACUUGAAUAUAUCAGUUAUAUUAGGGGAGUUCGGUAAGUUGACUGGGUUCCUGUCUCUGAAAGAGGCUGCUCAAAAAAUACGGUGCUUCGGGAUGCUGGAUGCUGGUCCUGCUAGAGAUUCU